AUGGGACAGACUUGCUGUGGAGAAGGGCCACAUGGCCAGUCCAUUGGCCUUAGCAAUGAGGACUUCAUCAACGCCAUGGGAAGCAUUGCUGAGGAUGCCAGCUUAGCAGGCGUCGUCGCGUCCCUUACGCGGCUGGCGGAGGAGCACCCUUACCUAAAACCGACGGGAACGGAAUUUGCUCCUCAUCCUCUUCUCUACUGGGUGAGGCGUUGCAGGGAGUUCGCGCUCGCGAAGAAGACUGACGAAGCACAAAGUUGCUUGGACCGGAUCAACAGCAGCUUGGAAUACGAGCUUGCGCAGAUCCGCGAUUCGUUUCGCCGCUUUGACCACGACGGAUCCGGGCACUUGGACACCCAAGAGUUCAAGUUCAUGUGCGCGUACAUUGGAUGGGGCGAGGAAGAAGCCAGCGUCAUGGAUUUGGACAACGACAGCAAAGUGACGCUGGACGAGUUCCAGCGAUUCGUGGGGCACAUGGGUGGCCUGCAACAGCUUUUCCAACAGCGUCGCCAGCGUGUGGCUCGGAAGCAAUGGGGCGUGGAAGCUCCUGCCAUCAUUGAGGUCGGCGCCCGUGUCCAGGCAUACCACCACACGGAGGACGGGCAGAAGUCGGCGAACUUGAGGGAGGCCCAGGUUCUCGAGCUCAAUGUCAUGCCCAGCAACGGUGCCCGAAGCUCAGACUAUUCUUCGGGGCUUGUCUUCGGCUUCGGAGAAGGCCGAGAUGCUCGUCAAGAGCGGCAGGUGGUUCCGCCAAACUGGAUCUUCAGUGAUACACGUGACAGUGACGUGGUGGCAGCCUUGCGCGAGGUAGGAAUUCUUGAGGAACAGCAGGGCUUCUGGGCGUCGAUCUUCCCAGAGUCGGAGAUGCGCGCAGUGCAGCGCCUGACGUCUUGCCAGCGUGCGGCCCUGGCCAACGUUCGCGCCAAUGCAGCGCUCAAUCAUGACAAGGCACUCCCCGAAGUGAGGGAGCGCUUUACGAGGCUUGGCUACGGCGAGGCAGAGCUGCAGGGCGUGCUGGGCUGGAUCCAGGACCUGGCUCCCAUGUGCGUCCACAUCCACAUUGGGACCGUCGGACGGUUCUUGGAGACCGACGAGUAUUACCGGAGCCAGUUUGAGACAGGAACCUCUUGUGGUGCUUUAGAUGACAAGAACCAGAUCCGCAUAGGCUGGGAGACGGAGCUUUUCGGUGGCGCCUACGAUGAAGCAAAGCCUUUCGAGCGAUGUAAGUACGGAGCGCUUGGGGUGAUGAACGACUACAGAGGCAUCACAUCGGCCUACCAGUAUGGUGACUCCUAUCUGGUUUUGAAGGAUGUCCGGCUCCGUGCCACCUUUGCGGCAACGGACUCCGGGGGUAUCGCAGGAUCGAGACUGGCAGUGUUAGACAAGUAUGCCCACGUCCUGAAAGAGUACAAUGACAAUGAACUCCAUCGGCUCAUUGAGGUGGCUAUGGCAAAUACGUCCCUGGACGAUGUGCCUCGGAUUCAGCCUCAGCUGCUGCGUGGCCUGACGGCGGAUACCACGAACGAGUGGGUCACCAUGGGCUUCCCUGACCUCCCUCAAAAGAAGGGCCGCUACUACUUCGAGAUUGAGCUCAUCCGAGGGUGCCAGUCCCCACAGGUGGGCUUGCUCUCCAGCCGCUUCGAGCUCGCCCCUCGCACCAAGGGCCAGCAUCUCUACGGCGUGGGGGAUGAUGCACACGGAUGGGCGGUGGACGGGCAGCAUUCCAUCCUGUGGCAUGAUGGGAAGAAGCUGGCCUGGAGUAGAACUUGGGGCCAAAGUGGCAACGGCGCCUCCCGUCAGCUCGCGCAGAAUGUCGUCGUCGGCAUAGCAGUGGACAUCGACGCUGGAAAGAUUUGGUUCGGCAGCGAUGGCGACUGGGACGAGGAGGCUACGCCGAGCUUCGGGCCAAAUCUCGUGCCAAAGGGCUCCAACCUCUACCCUGCCCUCUCCUUCAAGGGCCGGGCACAGUUCAACUUUGGGCCGGACUACAAGCACCCUGCCCCCUCCUUCAAGGGCAAGGCUUUCGCGCACUGGCCGGGGAUGCCUGAUGGCAUCAUCCGUGCGGACUGCCCCAUCAUCGGCAACUCCAACAACGUCAACAUCUACAAAGAGAUCCAGCUCCAUGGGGAGGUGAACCUGAAACGCAACGUGCAGCGGCUCGUGGCCAACCGCAAACAUCUGGAGGUAUCCAAGAGUGACCGGUCGUGGGCCGUUCGUGUGGACGGCAUGGACGAUGCAGAUGGUCUCGUGGCCUUAAGUGUUAAGCCGUCUCAAGCUAAAGCCAGAGGUGCAGUUCGUGUUCUGUUGUUGGGAUUAGCCCACGCCCACACGCCUCCUGUGACCGCACUGUACCUGUCCAUGCCAAUCCGGCCCGAGCCCACAAUGCGAGAGGCAGACUAUGCCAAUCCGCUUGCAAAUCGUCGGGGCAGGAGUAGUGCGACCUUUCGGGAGAGUGAUGACCGAGGCAGCUACUCACGAAGUGGAGCGCGACAUGGCAAAGCCAUGUACAAGCAACAAGGGGGGCGCUUCGAAAUCUCGUUCGACGCCACCUCCGGAAAGUGGAGGCUCACGGCGGAUGCCAGUCAGGAGGACAAGUGGAUCGCACAAGCGUCUGGAGACGAUUCUUUCGAGCCGCCUCGCUACGGUUGGCUCGUGCCGCGAGAGCGACAGGGGCGUGUGCCCGUGAAGCUCUUCCGCUCUGACCAGCUGGUGAAGUCUCUGGCCGAAAAGGCGAGCGACGCGUCCGAGGAGGAGGUUUUCCGCGUCGGCGAGAGCACGACCUUCUUGGACGAGUGGACAAAGCUCCAGACUGCGAACCAAGUCCAAGUGACGUCCGAGGAAGCCUGGGCCGCAUGCCUCCAGGCGGCUCAUGACGAGGUGCUCGCACGAUUGUCGCUGCAGCACGUGGUGGUCGUGGAGACGCCGACACAUCCGUAUCCCGCCCGUUCACAUUCCUGGACGCAGGACGUGCACAUCGCAUCGGCCAGCAAGCUGCGCGUCAACUUCAGCAGCCGUUGCCAAACCAACGACGACUGCGCGUCCCUGCAAGUCCUGGCAGGUGGGCUUAGCAAGAGCGCUGCCGGCGUAGGAGCGCGAGCUCAUCUGAAGGCGAUCACUGGCCCCGAUCAGGUGCAUGGCACAUUGGCAGGGCAAGCGGAGGGCGGGAAGUGGAUCGUCAACAUCGACAAGGACGAGUCUGAGAUAUGGGAGUGGCUGGACUCCAACCAAUCGCCUGGCCGAAGCUGCACGGCGGUGUGUGCCAUGGAGGCCAAGGUCGUGAAGAUCAAGUACAGCAGCGGCCAGAAGAUCGGAGAUGAGAUUGCGGGCUUCACUUUCAAUGAGGCGUGCCCGAUGACGCCCUUCAGCGUGGCAGGCUUCUCGAAGCCAGGCGGGCCUGCCCAGCUCAAGGGUGUCUUCGCGGGCUGGUUCGUGGAUGUCAUCGCGCUGAUCAAGCUCAAGAAGUUCAAGUCACUGGAGGGGGAGGGCUUCGGUGAAGCCCCGAAGAAUCUCGCAGAGAUCGCUGCGAACAUAGAAGGCUUCAAGAAGCGCAUGAACGCUCUGCUUGAAGUCUCCGACAUAAACGUGACGUUCUACAACGGCCUUGACUUCCAGCUCCUUCCUGUUUGUGCUGCUGACUACAAGGACCCGAUCAGCGACGAGAUCAGCGGUUUCAACUCGACGGGUGGCGUGCUGAAGAUUGACGGAUUUUGCGACACUGGCGAGGGUCCUGCACAAAGUGCUGGGGUACGCUCCGGCUGGCACGUCAGCCUGUACGAGACCUUCAACCUGGAGGAGAACAAGGAAGCACUUGGGGAUCUCACGCCGCAGCAGGCAUUGGAAGACCCGGAGCUUCUGCGCCAACUCUCUGGCAUCAAGCUGAUGUUAGAGCCGGCGAACGCCGAGCCCGAGGAGCUGUUCACAGGAUACGGCGACGAUGACUGGACGCCAUUUAUCGUCCCGAUCAACAACGCGCAAUUCGUUUUUUCGACUGAUGGAGAUGGAAGCGAUGACCCGGACAUGCGGUGGGGAGUGUUCGCAGUCGUGACUGAUGCUGACAAGCCGGAGCCAGCGGAAAGCAAGAUCGAGGAGCUCGUCGAAGCCUACACCAAGGCCUCGGCGCGGAUCAUCGGCAGCAACCUGGCACAGGUCUCCAUCGAGCCUGAGGACUGGGACGAGGAUCGGCUGAAGGCACUCUGUGCACGCCACGGCUGGGAGUUCGAGUGGAUGACGGAGGACGGCGAGAGGCGGCGCCGGAUUGAGGGCGCGGAGCGAGCAAGGCAAGCGGUGACUGUGCCCGAGAAAGCCAAGGCCGCUGAGGUCGAGAAGGCAACGGCUUGGUGGCGCCUAGACUCGGUGGCCCGGGCUUUCUCCUUCAGCGAGCAGCGUCAGCUGAAUCUUGGCUACAUAGCCGUUUCGGGAGGGGCGGGCGACCAUGGUGAACAGAGCCCUUGUUGA